AUGGGUCCAAUUACAAGAUCUAACAAACUGGGGUUGAAAACGGCCGAAAACACGUCUCAAGUAUACCCCUUGGCAACGGAUAUUCCCACUGACAUUAAAAAGACAAAAUCUAAUGGAGUAAGCAAAAACAAGACUAAGCCGAAACCGAUACCGAAAGUACCCAAGAACCCGCCACAGCUCAUUAAGAAGACUGACACGUCACUCAUCAAGCAACAAGUGGAGAUUCCCCUGGAUUUGUCGUUACCGCAAGAAUUCAUUGAUUAUCAUAUUCCUGGGUUUAUCAAAGGGGUCCAAUAUUGUAUUGAAAGGGAUCCGUCAUUGUAUCCCAUAGUAGUACGAGAAAAUUUCUCUGGGUUUGGCUCAAGAGGGUUUGAUGAAAAACUAUCAAAAGCCGAUGAUGAUCGUAUCCAUUUGUACUGGUAUAGCCUAGUUCGAUCGGUAAUUGCACAACAAGUUAGUGGAGCUGCUGCCAAGUCAAUAGAAGGAAAAUUCAAGGCGUUAUUUGGUGACAGUUCAAUACCGACAGCGAAAGCAACCCUCGAUAUGUCUGAAGAGCAAUUGCGGAGUGUUGGAUUAUCGAGACCUAAAGUGAAAUACGUCCAUCACAUCAGUCAAGUAUUUGCUGAUCCACAAGACAAGCUCACACAAUUGGAUUUCUAUCGCAAUGCACCAAUUGAUGAAAUUUACACCGAAUUGUGUCGAUUAAAGGGCAUUGGACUAUGGUCAGCGAAAAUGUUUGCGUUAUUUACAUUAGAGGAAUUAGACGUGUUUGCUGAAGAUGACUUGGGUAUAGCGCGAGGCAUGGCCAAGUAUCUUGAACAGAGACCAGAAGUGCUUGCUGGCGCCAAAAAGGAAGUUGCCAAUGAUGAAUUCAAACAAGCGGGGUUGAAAAAGAGAUCGAAGUUUUUCAAUAAGCUGGAUUCGAAGAGGACUUGGAAACCUAUUCAUGAUGUGUAUGUGCUUCAUGUUGCUGAGAAAUUCAAACCUUUUCGAAGCGCAUACAUGAUGAUUUUAUGGAGGUUGAGCUCUACGAAUAUAGAUGUAUUGAAUAAAGAUUAG